AAAAACUGCUCAAAAAUCGUCUUGAUGUUCUCAAUAAUCAAUCAAAAGAAGCCAACAGCCAGUCCAAUAAUAGCAAAUCCGAAGAAAAAAGCGAAGAAGCCAUUAAAACCACCCUUGAAUUAAAAGAAAAAAUAGAAAAACUGUCCGAAAAAUUAAAAACUAGUGAAGAAAUAAAUAAAGUUCUGCUAGAAAAUAUUGAUAAGAGCAUUAAGGGAGAAAUUGCUAAUCAACAAAAACUAUUCCAAGAAAAAAAUAAAGAAUUAAGCGAAAAACUCAACAAGGACGUAGAACUUCAUCUUAACAGCAACCAACAACUAAUAAAAACCCAUUUAGAAAAUUUAAAUAAGGGGAUAUCACAGCCUUUGGAAAAACUCAAUAGCGUUCUUUUACAUUCCGGCAAACGAGGAAGAUGGGGAAAUACCAAUUUAGACCAGUUGUUAUCCAUAUAUUUACCCAAGGAGGAUAAAAUCUACCAAACUGAAUUCCAGUUGAAAAAAAAAAGGGCUAACGACAAAGGGUUAAGGGUAGAUGCAAUUGUUUUCAGUGUAAAUGGUAAACACAACAUUGCCAUUGAUAGCAAAUUCCCUCUUGAAAAUUAUCUUUCUUCAGUAGAUAGCAAUUUAACCGAACAACAAAAAGAAGAAUUCGAAAAGAAGUUUGAAAAUGAUGUGAAAGAGCAUAUUGAAAAAGUAGCCGAAUAUAUUUCUGAAGAAGACGGAAUAAAAUAUGCUGUUAUGUUUGUUCCUUCCGAAGUUAUUUUUAGCAAAAUUAAUGAACAAAGAUUUUACCGAAUUGUUGGAGUGGCUUUAGAAAAAAGGGAAAGAUGGAACAAAAUUAUUAAGACGAUUGAAUACAACAAUGAAAACAUAAGAAAACUUGAUAUUAGCACUCAAAAACUAAUUGAGGAUGGAGAAAGAAUUAAAAAUAGAGAAAGUGCUUCAUUAAAAUCAAUAACUGAUGCCACUGCCGAAGCAGCAAAAAAAUUGGCAAAAAAACAAAGCAAAAAAGAUACUCCAAAGCGACCAAAUUCUGAUGAACUAAACAUUUAUCAAAAAUUAAGGUCAGUUCAAGCUAAUGCUAACCAUUUGUUUAAGGAUAAAAACCAUGGACAUUUCACAGAAUACCAAGUUUUAGGCUUGCUGAAACCACUUUUAGAAGAGGCUAAGUUAACUUUGAGUCUCAGUGAUGAUGCUAGUCAAGAUUUUUUUUAUGAGAGAUUAGAAAAUGGACAUAUAGUUCGCUAUUUAAAAAUCGCUACUUUGACUAAUUCUGAGAAAAAAGAAGAGCAAUUAGACUUCCGCUUUUGA